AUGGAUACAGAAAGUGUCCAUCAUAAUGACAGCAAUUCACAGCACCAUGACACAGAGUUGUUCUCGUCCGAAGAGGACAGCAGCCUCUACUUCACCUACACCGGAAGGCGCAACGAACUCGAAGUCAACAAUCUGCACUAUGUGGUGGACACGGCGGCUCAAAUCCCGUGGUACGAGAGGCUGUCGGAGUUCAAGCUGCCGUGGGAGAUAACGGGAAACAAGCAGACAGCCAUCAACAGGCUCAGCCUCCGGGUUCACAGCGGACAGAUGCUGGCCGUCAUUGGCAGCUCAGGCUGUGGAAAGACCUCUCUCCUGGACAUAAUCACUUGUCGAGACGAGGGCGGCACGAUGACCUCCGGUCAGAUCCUGAUCAACGGGAAAGCCAACACGCCGCAGCUGGUGAAGAAAAGCAUCGCCCACGUGCGCCAGGACGACCGGCUCCUUCCCCACCUCACGGUCCGCGAGACCCUCUGCUUCGUCGCCAAGCUCCGGCUUCCCACAGACUGCACGCAAGCUCAGAGGGACCAGAGGGUGGAUGAUGUCAUCGCAGAGCUGCGGCUGCGGCAGUGUGCGAACACCCGGGUGGGAAAUGACCACGUGAGGGGUGUUUCUGGAGGAGAAAGAAGAAGAGUCAGUAUAGCUGUCCAGCUGCUCUGGAACCCCGGCAUUUUGAUUUUGGAUGAGCCCACCUCAGGUUUGGACAGCUUCACGGCCCACAACCUGGUCAUCACGCUGUCCCGCCUGGCCCGGGGAAACCGCCUGGUGCUGCUGUCCGUCCACCAGCCUCGGUCGGACAUCUUCCAGCUCUUUGACCUGGUGGUGUUGCUGUCUUCGGGCUCAGCCGUUUACUGCGGCGCGGCGCGCGACAUGGUGCCGUACUUCACUGCCCUGGGCCACCCCUGCCCGCGGUACUGCAACCCCUCCGACUUCUACGUGGAUCUGAUCAGUGUGGACCGGCGCACUCCGGAGCGAGAGGCCGAGUGUUUGGAGCGGGCCAGACUUCUGGCCGAGAAGUUCGCCGAAAAGGUCCAGGACACCGACGACCACAUGUGGAAACCCUCCGAAACCACAUCGACACAAACCGACAGCACUCUGCAGCACAGCAAGAAAACAGGAGAGGAAGUCAUUACGGUUUCCAAAGAGAAAAAGAGGCUGCCCGGAAAGUUAAAGCAGUUUACCAUCCUCAUCAGGCGCCACAUGUACAAUGACUUCCGGGACCUGGUCACUCUGCUGGUCCACGGCCUGGAGGCCCUCCUCAUGUCACUGCUGGUCGGGUUUCUGUACUUUGGGGCGGGAGAAACGCGUCUGAACAUUCAGGAUACGGUGGCCCUCCUCUACAUGAUCGGAGCGCUCACUCCAUUUGCCGUGGUGCUGGACGUCAUAGCCAAAUGUCACACGGAGAGAGCCAUGCUCUACCACGAGCUGGAGGACGGCAUGUACUCCGUCACCUCCUACUUCUUUGCCAAGAUCCUGGGGGAGCUACCGGAGCACUGUGUGUUCACCCUGGUCUACGGCCUGCCCAUCUACUGGCUGGCCGGUCUGAACGAGGCUCCGGACCGCUUCCUGCUGAACUUCCUGCUGAUCUGGCUGAUGGUGUACUGCAGCCGAGCCAUGGCUCUGUUCGUGGCCGCGUCCCUGCCCACCCUGCAGACGUCUGCCUUCAUGGGCAACGCUCUGUUCACGGUCUUCUAUCUGACCGGGGGUUUUGUGAUCAGCCUGGAGAACAUGUGGCUGGUGGCCUCCUGGUUCUCUUACGCCUCCUUCAUGCGGUGGGGUUUUGAGGGGAUGCUUCAAGUGCAGUUCAGAGACAACAGUUAUCCGGUCAACAUAGGAAACAUCACCAUCAAUGUUGAUGGCAUUCAUGUUGUGGAGGCCAUGAAAAUGAAUCAGUACCCUCUGUUCUCAUGCUACCUGGUCCUGCUGGCGGUCUGUCUGGGUUUCAUGGUGCUUUAUUUCAUCUGCCUUAAAUUCAUCAAACAGAAGUCCAGUCAGGACUGGUGA